UCCUGUUGCCCAGACCUUAUAUAAAACGUCAUGUUCGCCUGGGCAGCAGAGAAGCACCUAGCACUGGCCCAGCGGCUGCCGCCUGAGGUUUCCAGAGGACCACAAUGAACAAGUGGCUGUGCUGUGCACUCCUGGUGUUCUUGGACAUCAUUGAAUGGACAACCCAGGAAACCUUUCCUCCAAAAUACUUGCAUUAUGACCCAGAAACCGGACGUCAGCUCUUGUGUGACAAAUGUGCUCCUGGCACCUACCUAAAACAGCACUGCACAGUCAGGAGGAAGACACUGUGUGUCCCUUGCCCUGACUACUCUUAUACAGACAGCUGGCACACGAGUGAUGAAUGCGUGUACUGCAGCCCCGUGUGCAAGGAACUGCAGACCGUGAAACAGGAGUGCAACCGCACCCACAACCGAGUGUGCGAAUGUGAGGAAGGGCGCUACCUGGAGCUCGAAUUCUGCUUGAAGCACCGGAGCUGUCCCCCAGGCUUGGGUGUGCUGCAGGCUGGGACCCCAGAGCGAAACACGGUUUGCAAAAGAUGUCCGGAUGGGUUCUUCUCAGGUGAGACGUCAUCGAAAGCACCCUGUAGGAAACACACCAACUGCAGCUCACUUGGCCUCCUGCUAAUUCAGAAAGGAAAUGCAACACAUGACAAUGUAUGUUCCGGAAACAGAGAAGCAACUCAAAAUUGUGGAAUAGAUGUCACCCUGUGCGAAGAGGCAUUCUUCAGGUUUGCUGUGCCUACCAAGAUUAUACCGAAUUGGCUGAGUGUUCUGGUGGACAGUUUGCCUGGGACCAAAGUGAAUGCAGAGAGUGUAGAGAGGAUAAAACGGAGACACAGCUCGCAAGAGCAAACUUUCCAGCUACUUAAGCUGUGGAAGCAUCAAAACAGAGACCAGGAAAUGGUGAAGAAGAUCAUCCAAGACAUUGACCUCUGUGAAAGCAGUGUGCAACGGCAUAUCGGCCACGCGAACCUCACCACAGAGCAGCUCCGCAUCUUGAUGGAGAGCUUGCCUGGGAAGAAGAUCAGCCCAGACGAGAUUGAGAGAACGAGAAAGACCUGCAAACCCAGCGAGCAGCUCCUGAAGCUACUGAGCUUGUGGAGGAUCAAAAAUGGAGACCAAGACACCUUGAAGGGCCUGAUGUACGCACUCAAGCACUUGAAAGCAUACCACUUUCCCAAAACCGUCACCCACAGUCUGAGGAAGACCAUCAGGUUCUUGCACAGCUUCACCAUGUACCGAUUGUAUCAGAAACUCUUUCUAGAAAUGAUAGGGAAUCAGGUUCAAUCAGUGAAGAUAAGCUGCUUAUAGUUAGGAAUGGUCACUGGGCUGUUUCUUCAGGAUGGGCCAACACUGAUGGAGCAGAUGGCUGCUUCUCCGGCUCUUGAAAUGGCAGUUGAUUCCUUUCUCAUCAGUUGGUGGGAAUGAAGAUCCUCCAGCCCAACACACACACUGGGGAGUCUGAGUCAGGAGAGUGAGGCAGGCUAUUUGAUAAUUGUGCAAAGCUGCCAGGUGUACACCUAGAAAGUCAAGCACCCUGAGAAAGAGGAUAUUUUUAUAACCUCAAACAUAGGCCCUUUCCUUCCUCUCCUUAUGGAUGAGUACUCAGAAGGCUUCUACUAUCUUCUGUGUCAUCCCUAGAUGAAGGCCUCUUUUAUUUAUUUUUUUAUUCUUUUUUUCGGAGCUGGGGACCGAACCCAGGGCCUUGCGCUUGCGAGGCAAGUGCUCUACCACUGAGCUAAAUCUCCAACCCCUGAAGGCCUCUUUCUUUCUGCCUCUGAUAGUCUAUGACAUUCUUUUUUCUACAAUUCGUAUCAGGUGCACGAGCCUUAUCCCAUUUGUAGGUUUCUAGGCAAGUUGACCGUUAGCUAUUUUUCCCUCUGAAGAUUUGAUUCGAGUUGCAGACUUGGCUAGACAAGCAGGGGUAGGUUAUGGUAGUUUAUUUAACAGACUGCCACCAGGAGUCCAGUGUUUCUUGUUCCUCUGUAGUUGUACCUAAGCUGACUCCAAGUACAUUUAGUAUGAAAAAUAAUCAACAAAUUUUAUUCCUUCUAUCAACAUUGGCUAGCUUUGUUUCAGGGCACUAAAAGAAACUACUAUAUGGAGAAAGAAUUGAUAUUGCCCCCAACGUUCAACAACCCAAUAGUUUAUCCAGCUGUCAUGCCUGGUUCAGUGUCUACUGACUAUGCGCCCUCUUAUUACUGCAUGCAGUAAUUCAACUGGAAAUAGUAAUAAUAAUAAUAGAAAUAAAAUCUAGACUCCAUUGGAUCUCUCUGAAUAUGGGAAUAUCUAACUUAAGAAGCUUUGAGAUUUCAGUUGUGUUAAAGGCUUUUAUUAAAAAGCUGAUGCUCUUCUGUAAAAGUUACUAAUAUAUCUGUAAGACUAUUACAGUAUUGCUAUUUAUAUCCAUCCAGAUAUAUUUUGUACAUAUUAUAAUCCUAGAGAGAAAUGUCGUAGGAUUUAAUUUUAGAAAGAAAAAAAUUCUGUUUACUAUUGUGACAAAUAAAAGAGAUAAAAUAUAUUUUUAAUAGAAACUUUGUAGUGUUUUCCAAUAGGUACUAUCAGGUUUCCAGUGUGGAAUGUUUUUAUAAUAUAAUUUUAUCUGUAUAAAAUGUAAUAUCAUUUUAUAGAAAAAUGUAUUAUGUACUCAGUUGUUUGUCAGAAAGUGUAUGAACUAUAAAUUAUCUAAAUAUUAGAUGCUCUGAGAAAUUGAAUGUACCUUUAUUUAAGGAUUUUUGUGAUCGCACUAUAUAAAUAACAUCAUUAAAGUUUUCAAAUUAUUUUUCA